AUGCGCCAGCCACGCCACACCGCGCUGCUGCCGCUGCUGCCGUGGCUCAUGAUGGUGGUGUGUUGCGCCGGUGCUUGCGUUGCCGCCGAUCCCGCCGUGAAGCACCGCUGUGGGUUUGACGCGAUGAUGAAGAAAUACGGCCGGCUGCCGACUGCGGUGGUGCGUGAGUUGCCGCGCCGGGGACAGGGCGCCGUGCAGGCGUACACCGCCGCCAGCGAGGAUGGGGACGAUGGCUGGGCUCCGAUCCGCUUUAAGGUUUUUACGGAGGAUCUGAAGAAUCCACAGAAGUACUGCACUGCGGCGGGGCAACAAAGGUCGGACCUUCGGGGAAUAGUGACUAUUUGUCGAAGAGAGAAUAUAUUGACGGAGGAAAAGAAGAAUAUCUUUGAGUCGUAUGUCAUUCCCAAAGCCCUUAAAAUGCACUCUGAUCGACUUUUUGUUAAACCCUUGAGGAUCAGCUUGGUUGUGCCGGAUCCUGUGUAUGGAAUUUGCACUGAAUUUACGAUUCCGCGUGAACACCGGACGAAAGGGGUGCCUAAUACCGACAUGGUUAUUUACGCCGGUGCUGCACCCGUGACUGGGGCAGCGGCGUGGGCAGGGCCGUGCCUCACAUUGCGGGAUGGUCGUCCAUUUGUUGCUGUGUUGAACUAUGAUCCUCGGACCCUUGUUCGUGAUGAUGCGACAGUGCGCCAAACCGCACAUGAGGUUGCACAUGCUCUUGGAUUUGGCUACGAGAUAAUGGAACCACUCGGUAUGGUGAGCAAGAUCCCUAAUGUGCGCGGCAAGGAAUUUGUGACGGUUGUGAGUUCUGCAAUAACGAAGGAGAAGACGCGGGAACACUACAACUGCCCUACCGCUCCGGGCAUGGAGCUGGAGGACGAGGGUUAUGGGGGGACAGCGGGAUCCCACUGGGAACGUCGCAAUGCGUUGGAUGAGUUGAUGGCAGGCAUUUCAGGGGCCUCUCUCUACACAUCACUGACAAUGUCGGCUUUUGAGAGUAUGGGAUUUUAUCGCGCCAAUUGG